GACAAAAUGUGGGAAAAACUCGCCUCUCAACGCACAAAAUCACGGAGUUUCUGACACAUUUGAGCGCUCCUAGAACAAAAAGAGAAAGUCCGAGAAACCAAAUGUGACCUCAGUGUGGAGUGGAAACAUUUUCCUUUAUGUUACAGCAACAAAUACGGUACAAAACAUUGACUUUACAAAGAUUAAAGUCUUAAACGUGGCGGAGAAAACACAACUGCAGCCAUGUUUGAGGCAGCAGCAGAGCGGCGGGGUUGGGUUGUCUCUUCACGGUUCUCAUGGAUGUUAUAAGUCCCGCCUCCUGCUCUGAACUGCAGAAGUUCACAGGAACAUUAACUGGAAACAUGGCAGAAGAAGCUCCAGCAGCAGCACCGGCUAAAGCCCCGGCAAAAGCCCCGAAGAAGAAGUCCGCUCCCCGGGCCAAGAAAGAUGGACCUAGUCUCUCUAAAGUCAUCGCGGCCUCCGUGGCCGAUUCCAAGGAGCGCAAGGGGAUGUCUCUGUCCGCGCUCAAGAAGGUCCUGGCUGGGAAAGGAGUAGAUGUGGCCAAGGCUAACAAGCGCAUCAACACCGCUGUCACCAAGCUGGUCACCGAAGGAACCCUGAGCCAGACUAAAGGGACCGGGGCAUCCGGCUCCUUCAAGCUGGCAAAGAAGGAGCCCAAAGCCGCCAAGCCGGCCAAGAAGGUGGUGAAGAAGGCUCCCAUCAAGGCAAAGAAGCCCGCCGCCAAGAAGGCCACCACUCCCAAGAAAGCCGCUGCUAAGAAACCGGCAGCGGCCAAGAAGUCCCCGAAGAAGGUUCCGGCUAAGAAAGCGGUGAAGAAGGUGGUGAAGAAGAGCCCCAAAAAGCCCGCCGCUAAGAAGCCAAAGGCUGCCAAGAAGCCUGCAGCCAAGAAACCUGCAGCAAAAAAGCCCGCAGCUAAGAAGACCCGGAAGUAAACAGCUGCUUCAACU